UUUUCUACACGGACUGCAGUUUGGGUGCACAAUGCGUCAAAGAAAUGUUUUGAUAGUGAGGUGCUGUCAGUUAACGUUCUUGAAAAAGCCUAAGAUAAUCUAACUGAUGGUGCUAAAUCUUCCAGAGUCGUUGUUUAUUUUCAUCUGUAGCAUAUAGACUUUGACAUUUGCUUAGGUUGUUGGGCACGUGAAACACUGACGUUAACGUUAACUGCUGCUACAUCCGUCAUAAUAUCUAGCUUGACUAACAUACGUUAGAUAGCUAAAGGCUAAGGAUGUUUACCUCACAGACUUCGUCCUUUCAAGACUCGAUUGAUGUGGAAGAAAAAGACACAGAUUUUGACAGUGAGGAAAUAGGGGGAAUCAGUCAGCGAAUACAACAAAUCAACUGCUAUUAUUCAAUUUACUUUUACCAAAGCACAAGAUCUGAGGCAGCAGAGGAGAGUGUCGCGUGGUCUCAAAGAAGAGCAGAUUCAACCACAUGUCAUGAUGACUUUAGCCUCACCUUACUGGACAGCAGUCUGCCCCCAGAGGCUGAGCCACAGCUGCGAUGCUACAUCUCCCGCAGACUGAGCAAAGGAGCUCUACUGGGAGGAAUGGGCAACAUUGCCACUGUGGAGCUGAGCAUCCCUGAGCAGGCAGUUGGUUGCUAUUGUUGCCUACUAGAACAGGAAUCUUCUCCAGACCAAUCAGAAGAUGGGAAUGGCUGGGUGGUCUGCUUCCUUGGCGGUUCAGAGAAAGGACUAAAUCUAUUCCGACUUGAACUUGACAAGUAUGUGCAAGGUCUCCAGGGCAGCUUGACUCCAGAGAUGGAGAACCUGGAGUCAGACGUGAGGCCAUACCUGAGUCUCUGGUAUGAGGAGUCGGUCAUGCACAUUCACAGAGUGGUUCAGCUGGUCCAGGCCAAUGUCUGUUUCCUCUUGCAUGCGGCUUUGAGUCAUACCCCUGUAGUGGUCAAUGACGCAGAUGAGAGAACCAAGACUGAUGUAGUCAGAUUCAUCAAAGCUGCCAGUCUGCAGGGUUUAGUUCAAGAGGACACCACCACGGCUACCUUGUGCAAAGCCAUGUCAGAUGACGCCCACACAGACCUGGUGAUCGACUGCUCCACAAGCCCACCCACUCUCUCGAAUGCAGUUAGUAACCAGUUCUGUGAGGACUGGAUCCAAGCGUUCCUGAAUGCUGCCGAGAGGUGCAACCCAUUCCUCCUGAGACAAAUUCUGGAGAACUUCAAGCUUAAGGCCAUCCAGGACAUGAACAACCUGAAGCGCUUCAUCCGGCAGGCGGAGAUGAGCCACUAUGCGCUGUUCCGCUGUGGCCAGUUCCUGCGCGGCUGUGGCAACGGCGAUGUUCUGCUGCAGAACGCACGGGCCGAGCACAGCGGGCUGACCGAGGCCUGUGGAAUCAUUCGCGUGCUUGAGGAGUACCUGAGUGAGCAGGCUAUGGCACCCGCUGCACUCCACUGACCACACACACACACACACACACACACAUCAACUUGAAACCAGGCACACUAACUGCACACCCAGAACACACACUUACACUCACACCACUAGAAACCAUACAUUAAUUCUCAACAAAGGACACACACACACACACACACACACACACACACACACAAUGAGAUACCAUAUAUUUAUUCACAACAAAAAAGGACAGAUACUGCACUGGAUGUGCCCACUGAGACUAACCAUACAAUAACUGCAUAUAGAACACAUUUAAGAUGCAUAACAAUCCCAAACUAUCCAAACACAACACAUAUACGUCAUGCACAGCACUUAAAAAACAACAUAGGCAGUGCCAUCAAAUAUUCAACAUCAGCACUCUUUAAUUUGCCUGGAAAGAAACACACAAUCCUGACACCUUUGUAUAAUGCUGUAUAGACACUAACCUUAUUCCACACUAAGCUGUGUUUGUGUGUGUGUGUGUGUGUGUCCAUGUGUCCGUGUGUAUCAAAUGUCAUUAUUAUAGGCCACUGUUAUUGUACUUUAAUUUUUCACUGUUAAUCCUCAUAAAGAGUAAAAUUGUACAGGGCAGCAUUGACAUUGUAGGCCAUAUUGUUUGAAGACCAAAUUGACUUUAUCUUUAUGUUUGCCCGUUUAUUUGGAUCCAAUAAUGUACUGAUAUUUAAGACCAAUUAUGAAGCUUUUGUGCCUGCUUUUUGCCUAGCAGUUUUUCUUCAACUAUCGUAUUUUAUUGCAAUCCCAAGUGUAACCUUUUAUGUUUGAAACUGACGGUAGCAUGUAUCAUUUCAAGUGAAUUCAGUACACUACCUUUUUCAUUUGUAUGACAUAUUAUCUGUAGCAGAAAUACUGAUGUGCUUUAUGAAUGGCUGAUUAUUUCCUUAUUUCUUUAAGUUUACACAAUUAUUUAAAUACUUUUAUCCUAUAUGUGCUCACAAACACUUGUGUAAAAAUCCUAGUACCACGAUAGCAGACCUGAUUUAGGAUAUGAUGACAUAGGUGCUAAUUAAUCCAGAUUUGUGUGAUUUGCUGUAGUGAGCUGCUAGUGGAGUCAGACUUUGUAUUUGAUAUUUUGCCAGCAAACCCUAUCCAUUCCUAUAACUGUAGUCACAGGAAUGCUGAGACAAAAGCAAUAUUGUGUUUGUGAAAAUGUGAUAAUAUUUUGACUGUGAAAUUAAGAGUUUGUGUCCGGGACCGUAAAUAGUUGUGCUGUAUAAAAGUGACCGGGUCCAGCUACCCAAACUGACCACCACACACUACUGUGUCCCAGUCAGCCAGCAUCAUUCUAGCUCUCCUGUUUUGUCUCCGCUCUAAUGUCUGAUAUUGUGAAAGUGAUUUCAAUAAAUGUUGAUCACUACGCUC